AUGCUGUAUGUGGUAGGUCUAGGCCUAGCGGAUGAAAAGGACAUCACAGUGCGUGGUCUCGAAGCAGUUCAACAAUGCGACCGUAUCUACCUCGAAGCCUAUACCUCCAUCCUCCUGUGUGAACGGGAAAAACUCGAACAAUUCUACGGUAAGGCUGUGGUGAUUGCAGAUAGGGAACUCGUUGAGAGUGGGAGUGAUGAUAUCUUGGAAGGAGCAGAGACGCUGAAUAUUGCCUUUCUCGUUGUUGGCGAUCCGUUCGGUGCAACGACCCAUACAGACCUCAUCAUUCGCGCACGAGACCGCAAUAUCCCCGUGGAAGUCAUUCACAACGCCAGUAUCAUGAAUGCCAUCGGUGCAUGCGGCCUACAACUCUACAAUUUCGGUCAAUGCGUCUCGCUCGUCUUCUUCACUGAUACCUGGCGACCUGCGAGUUUCUAUGAUCGUGUGGCUGAGAAUCGAGCAAUUGGUUUGCAUACACUCAUGUUGCUGGAUAUCAAAGUGAAGGAACAAUCGAUUGAGAACAUGGCGCGUGGUAGACGGAUUUAUGAGCCACCACGGUAUAUGACCGUCAAGACUGCUUGUGAACAAAUGCUCGAGAUUGCAGAUGCUAAAAUAGCGGCUGGAGAGACACCGUGUUAUACGCAGGAUACACUCGCAGUGGGUGUGGGUCGUGUUGGGUCUCGUGAGCAGGUGAUUGUUGCGGGGACGUUACGGUCGUUGAUGGAGGCGGAGAUGGGUCCGCCUUUGCAUUCGAUGGUGGUGUUGGGGGAUCGUGUGCAUCCGCUUGAAUUGGAGUAUAUGAAGUACUAUGCUACGGAUCCUGCAGCCAUCCAAGCGCUGAUUGAUGAGAAGGAGGGGCGGUAG